GAUAACAGUGUCUCCGCAGCGCAGCUGAGCUCCGCAGUCGCCCUGAUCUCUGUCACCGCGCGGUGGUCGGUGCCUUCCUCCGAUACAGAGCGUUCAUCAUGCUGUUCUCUGUGCUGUUGGCGGUCUGUGUGUCGGCAGUUUCCGGAGCCUGGUUCGACUAUCCUCUGCACGCCUCCUGCCAUGCUGACUGGACGGUCGGCAUGUCCUGUGUGGACGCACAGAGGGCCAUCGUCGAGCAGAUGAAGUCCUGGGCCGGCCCCGAGGGCUGCCAGUCGGGCGGACAGAAGUGUCUGUACAAGUAUCUCUCCACGGAGGAUGGCGUGGUGAAGGGCACCCACACCACGCCUGUGUCGCACUACGUCGACGACCUGGAGUUCACCUUCGACGAUGCCGAUGACGGCUCUUGCACUGUCCACGGCUUCUCGACAUCGGAGACGUUCUACGCUGUGCUGGACAUGUCGACCAACUACUGCAACCUGAGGAACCUGCUGGCCGGCUCCGGGCUGGACCGAUCGAACGGCUUCUCAGAGAGGACCAGCAACUCGAUCUGCACCCAGCGCUCCUCGGCCAACUGCGACGUCUACUAGAGCGGCUAAACCGACAGAGGACGUUCAGAGAAUGAUGCUAACCGUGUGAAAAGUAGCAACUGGAAAAUGGAGUAAAUAGUGUAUGUAACCACGGGUGGAGAAUGUUUGAAAAAGUUACCCCGGCCGGCGACCGAAAGUCAGAAAGACGAUGAUGGUCAAAUAUUUGUCAACGGUUAUCAACAAACCCCUAUUCUGUGGCAUAGAAUAAUGGAUGUCUGCCGUUUGUACGUUUUUAGGGAAAACUGCUGCACGCAGGUGCGGAAGAUUUCGUAAUUGUAACUACAAUUUUGCAACACUCCUUAAAAUUUCGGACGCAUGUCACCUAGUGAUAGGUCAGGUCAUCAGGUCAAAUUUGCUGGAUGGUCGUGCUAAAAAUGCCAUCAUGCCCUUUGGCCUUUGCAAAGCUUAUUCCGUGGAAGUUGCAACCUUCCCACACAAAACAAAAUGUCAAAUAUGACCGUUUUGACCCUCUUAUUGAUCUGAGCUCGCACCUGAAAUAUUAUUCGCGACCGAGACUUAAACGAGUAAUCGAAUGUUUUGAUUGCAGUGUUUAAGCUCCGUUAUGUUCAUGAAGUGUGAGAAAAGUUGUCGGAGAACGCUAAAAUCAGAAAAAUUUGUCUUUUGAUGUUCUAUGGUGAUUUUAUAAUUGAGCUUGCCUAAAACAUGACCAGAUUUCUCUGAUCACGUUUGUCGCUCUUUCAAACGUCGUUCCGCUUCUCGCCUCGUAGCCCAGUAGCCGAGUUAAAAGAAGCGUGAAAAGCCCACCUCUCGAGUCUCGACUCAACGUGUUACGAUAAGGCCAUCACCCUGGCGCGGGUUAAGUUGGGGGAGCCUUGAGCCCCAGCAGUUCGCCCUUCUAUCUCACUGAUAUUACCCUCGUCCUCGUCCUGUCUUGUGAUGUUAUUACAGUGCCAUCUUACGAUAACGGCCCUUAAAUAUGAUUUACUUCUGUUUGAUGAAACAUGUCGGGCUCCGCGAUGAAAAGACUUAAAAACAUAGAAGCUCCAAAAUGAAAAUAAAGUACAUUUUCAAGAACUUUUCAAGGUAGAUAAGAAUAAUGAGAGACGCUUUUAUAGAUGGCAGUUUUUUCGUAUGGAGACAGCUUUUAGGAUUUACAAAAGUGGAAAAAGUUACCCCGGCCGCGCCGGGGUCGGCUGAAAGUUACCCCGGCCACGGCCGGGGUUGCCGGGGCAGGUUCUCCACCCAUGUAUGUAACGAUAUCAAACACACUUUUAUAAUAAGAAGGGUUUUUACGGUGAAUGCCGUUACAUUAUGGACACCUGCAAUGGUAAGAUUCUCUGGAUGAGCUGCGGCACUGCAUAAUCAAAGACUGUGCGAAGCUGUCAUGGGAUUGUUCUGUGCUAUGGCUGUGGGUGUAAGAUGAGUCAGCGCAAGGCGCAUGCACCUAUACUUGGCACUUGCCCUUGUCCUAAAUGGCUCCAUCACUUGUGACUGUCAUACCAAUGAAGCCAGCUUACAGGUGCUAUUGUGUCUAAAUUUGUGUCGAGAUGUGGCGAAAAAAAUUUGCAUCGCAUCGCUACAAGAUAUACCGUGAUCGUUAUAUGUGUCAUAAUAAAGCGAAAAUAAACAGCGAAAACUAAA